AUGAUUGGAAUGGUCAAUGUUCAAUGCGACACUCCACUCGACUACUACGCAACUGCUCCAAAUCUUUUGAGCCGUGACACAUCGGUCCGCAAAAGAGGAGACAGUGAGUCGGCUAAUGCCAGCCGCCACAACUCAACAAAGCGCACUCCAUCGUGGCGCCCAUUGUUCACUGGGCAACUCAAGAAAAAGAGUUCGAAACCAAAAUAUCUAAAGGAUGGACGAAAAUUGACAGAGGAGGGAACGGAUGAGCCAAACAAGCUUUGGGAAGAGCUCUUCCUCCGCUCAUUCGCCCACAAGAUCGAACAAGAGAUCUCAUCUCCAUCCCCACUCGAAGCCCAUAAGAAUCUCAAUUCAGAACUCUCAAAACUCAAUAUCCAAGACAAAUCCUUCUACCGAUCCACAUACUCAUUGGUGUCACCGACGAGGAUAGAGAAUAUCGAUUUCGAGGAAUUGGAGAGAAUCGAGAGACGUCAGGAGCAGCAGGAUGAUGAGACAUCAAAACCCAACCGCUCCAACUCGUCGACAGAACGACCGAGCUCUCAAAUCUGCAGUGUUUUUUUGCCUUUUAUCAAAACGAUUAAAGGAAAUAAGAAGAAGAAUUCGAUUAGUUCCACCACUGGCCCAUCAACGAAUAAUAAUACCAAAAAUUCGUCAUGA